AUGGCCGGGGCUUUUUUGGCAUCCGUUGCAUCAAAUCUAGUGUCGAAAGUCGGUGAGUACCUGAUUGCUCCCAUUGGACGUCAAUUUGGGUACGUGUUGUGCUACAAGAGCAAUGUCAAAGAUCUCAAAAACAGAGUCGAUGAGCUAAAGAAUGCGAAGGCAAGGGUGCAGCACUCCGUCGAGGAAGCCAGGAAUAAUGGAAAACCUAUACAUGCUGAUGUCAAGGGUUGGCUGGAGAAGGUAGAGGAGGCGGAAAAAGCGAAUAUCCUGUUAGAACCUGGCGAAAAUGCAAAAGACACUUGCUUACGAUGGUGGAUUCCGAACCCCAUGGUGCAACAUCGAAGUGGCAGGAAAGUAAAGAAGAUGACACAAGUCAUUCAGGGACUUUAUGACAAAGCCCAAAACAGUAACUUCACAAAGGUCUCUUAUGAGAAUACUCCGGCAGGAAUUGUCACUACUACCACAUCCACUGCAAGAUCUGUUGACAGGAAAGAUGUCCUGGACUUGAGGGCUUCGAUCAUAGAGGAUGUAAUGAAGGCUUUAGUUGAUGACAAGGUCUGUGUGAUUGGGGUCCAUGGAAUAGGUGGGGUUGGCAAGUCCAAGCUUUUAGAGGACGUUGAACAGCGAGUCAAGGAAGAGAAGCUAUUUGAUGUGGUUGCCACAGCAAAUAUAUCACUUAAUCCAGAUCUAAAAAAAAUCCAGGGAGAAAUUGCUUAUGCAUUGGGUCUGAAUCUAAUGAAUGAGGAAACUGCUCAUGGGAGAGCGGAUCGUUUGCGUCAAAGGUGCGCCAAGCUCAAAGUUAUUGAACCUGGUGUGCUUGGAAGCUUGGAAAAUAUAGAAGAACUGUAUAUGGCAGACAGUUUUAAUCAGUGGGAGGUAGAGGGUGAAGCACCACGAAGAAAUGCCAGCCUAGCUGAGUUGAAGAACAUGAAAAAGUUGAGCACUUUGCACAUUGCCAUUCCUCAUUCUACCAAUUUCUCAAGUGACCUGCCAUUUGGGGAACUAAAGAAGUACAGAAUCCAAAUUGGGAACAUUUGGGAUUGGUCGGGUGAAUACAAAGAAUCCAGAACUUUAAAGCUCAAGCUGGAGUCAGACAAUCUUCUCCUGAGACACUUUGUGCAGAAAUGUUUGCAGAGAACACAAGAUCUCCACUUGCAUGGAUUGCAAGAUGGCGAAGAUAGCAUUCCUGAUUUGUGUAUCUUUCGAGAAUUGAAGCAUCUUCAUGUACAAAACAACCCCUCCCUUCAGUAUAUUUUCCCCCCCACAGAGAUUGUUCAAAGCACGGCAUUUUCAAAUUUGGAAUCAUUGUUUCUUGAGAAUCUCAACAACUUGGAGAAGAUUUCUCGCAACAAUCUUGACCUUGAAUUCGGAAAAUUAAAGAUUAUGAAAUUGGAUAAUUGUGGAGUAAUCAAACAUUUGUUUCCUUUGUCCAUGGCGAGAGUGUGCUUACAGCUUGAAGAGAUUGAACUAAGCGGAUGUCACUCGAUGAAGCAAUUUGUCGCAAAUGACGAGGCUGAUGAAAACAGAGAUGCAGUGGAUGAUGAUUGCAAUGUGAAGUUAAGCAAUUUGCAGAGGCUGACAUUGCGAAAUUUGUCAGUGAUGACAAGCUUUUGGAUAAUCAUGGACCAUUCAAAUGCGUUCUUCAACGGGCAACAGGUUUCAUUGCCAAGGCUGGAGUCCCUGACGUUAUCUGAACUUCCUAAAUUGAAAGAGAUAUGGAACUCUCAAUUUCUGUCAAAUGUGAGCAGCCUAAAAUUUCUGAAAGUAGAGGAUUGCAUGUUGCUCCGGAGCAUUAUCCCAUCAAAUUUGCUAAUGAAGCUACAGAAUUUGGAAGCCAUAACCGUUAAAAGAUGUCAGUUAAUACAAGAAGUAUUCAACCUUGAAGGACUGACAGCCAAUGGGGAUGUCGAGAUUCUGUCACAAUUGGCCAAACUAACUGUUCUUUUUCCAAGCUUGGAGGAGUUGACGCUCUUGUCAUUGCACGGGUUGAGGAGGAUAUGGCACAAUGAACUCCCUAAAGAAUCAUUCUGCAAACUAGCAUCCCUCACGGUCAGAGAUUGUGAAAAUCUUUCUCAUAUUAUUCCAUCAACUUUGAUUGGGAGCUUCCAGAGCCUGGAAAUGAUUGAGGCGGUCAAGUGUACCUCUUUGGAAACAUUAAUCGAACAUGUUCCUUUCAAUACUGAGAAAAGCCAGAAAUGUCAGCUUCUCUUAAACAUAAAAGAAGUGAAGUUGUGGCACCUGCCAGGGCUGAUUGCAGUUGGGACAAGCAACACCAAAGCAACGUUGCAUCUUCCUAAACUGACUAAUAUUAGCUUGUGCUGUUGUCACAGUUUGACAUAUCUCUUGACAAAUAAUGUAGCCAGGACUUGUGAUCAACUUGAGAUGGUAGAUAUUUCUGAUUGCAAAAAGAUGCAAGAAGUUGUUGCCGUGGAAGAAGAUGAAGAGCAAAAUUUGGGGACAGUGAAGUUCUCUCAAUUACGUACAUUGAAACUUUGGUCCCUGAAGAGCUUGAUUAGAUUCAGCUCAGGAAGAUGUUCAUAUGAGUUUCCCUCCCUAAGCAAUUUCUCAAUUCUGGAGUGCACUCAACUCAAGGCUUUCAUACAAAGGCCUCCAGCACCAAGUGUGGAGAUGAUGAAUGAGGAAGCUACCGGUUCUGAUGAAGGUCAUAUUUCCCAAAUUAGAAGAGCUGCAUCUAACAGAAUUCAAUCAAGAGAAUUGUGGGAGAAUGAGAUGUCCGAUGAGUCCAUUCGUUGCUUAAAGGUCCUCAAGGUGAAGCGGUGUCACAACCUUUUGAAUGUUAUUCCUUCAUCCAUGUGGAAGAGGGUGCUUCAGUCUAUGGAGUCCUUGACGGUUGAGAAGUGCCCACGUCUGAAAAACCUUUUUACAAUGUCUAUGGCAAAAAGUCUAGGACAACUCCAGUAUCUCGGUCUAGGUGGUUGUGGGGAGAUGGAGUAUAUUGUUGCAAGAGAAGAAGAGAAACCUGACGAAGCAACCGACAAAAUUGUCAUUCCACGGUUGGAGCGAUGGACAGUGACAAAGGAGGAUGUCGUGAUGAUGCAGCAAGACAUAUUGGGAAAUCUUAGAGAGCUGACUUUGGAAUGCUAUAAUGAUGAAAAUGUAGCUUUACCCUCCAACUUCUUUCUCCAAAGAUUCCCCAACUUAGAAGAGCUUCGAGUGACCAGUAAUUCUUUCGAGGAGAUAUUUCCAGAAACAUUUCCAGAAGAGGCGUUUGGACCGAGGGAACUUGGAAAUUUGAAGCAACUUUGGCUGACUAACCUGCGUAACCUAAAGCAAGUUUGGAAAGAUGGCUCUUUUAUGGCUGAAAUUCUUAAACAAAUUGAAUCUCUGUUCGUUUGGGAGUGCCACAGGUUAUCAAUCGUGUUUCCAUCUCCGACUUCGUUCCAGAGCUUGAGGGAAUUAGAAGUACGGGAUUGCAAUGGUUUGGUUCAUAUGGGGACUUGCUCAGCCGUCACAAGCCUAGUGUACCUUAGCCGGCUAACCCUAGCAAAGUGUGGUGCAAUGGAAGACGUAGUAAAAGAUGAUGGGACUGGAAUGGAGGAGAUUUAUUUCCGCAAGCUGGAAGAGCUGAUACUUCAUGGUUUACCAAACCUUGAGAGCUUCUCUCCAGCCGGUUGUGCCUUCAUGUUCCCAUCACUGGUGCACGCUACUGUGACCCAAUGCCCCAAGAUGAACAUAUUUUGCAAGGGUGGCGCAAGAACACCAGAAUUAGAUAAACUAUUCCUCUCCGAUGAGGAUGGUGAAGGGCAUUGGGAGGGCGACCUUAAUACCACCAUCCAAAGCUUAUCGACAUGA